AUUCCUCCCUCUUUCUCUCUCUUCUUUCCUAUGAACAUUCCCUUUUUUUUCUUCACCCAAUAAUUAUAUCAACAUGUUUGCCCCUUUUGCAUAAUUCAUUUGAUUAAUCGUGUGACAACAUUUUUAUAAUUUAGUAGACAAAAGGCAUCAUUUUGCUUCAAUAUUAUUGGUUUUAAUGGACAAUUACACCUUAUUUCCAAUUCAAUUGAGGUGGAUUAUCAAUCCUUGUUGAGUGCUGCAAAAUUUCCCCUUGUUUUCCGGGUUCUUUCUUUAAGAAAUCAAACACCCAAUUUGCAAAAUUUGUUCUUUUCUUCUUUUUAUAUGAUUAAUUUGCAAUUGGGUAUUAUUUUGAUCAUCAAUUUAUGGGUAGCACAGAAGUUAUAAAUUCGAUUUUAGGUAUCUGAGAAUUUGAUCCUUUUAGUAAAAUUUAUUGGGUUGUUGCUUCAUUUUUGAUAAUUUGAAGGAGAAUUGUGAAUUUGAUCAUCUAUUUAGUUUGGUUCAUUUAAUUGUCAAUGAAAUCAUAUGUUGUUGUUGGGUAAGAAUUUUGGGUAUCUUGUUUUUAUUUUGUCUGAUCUCUCUUUUUUAUUUAAUGGGUUUCAAUUGAAGAAAGAUUAGUAGUAAUUUUUGGUCGUUACACCAAACAAUCUCGUACCUAUGAUGAGAAUAGACAGUUCGUUGUGGGUUGUUAGCUCUUUGUAGAAAAAGAGGAGGAAAAUUUUACUCUAGUUGUUUAUGUUAUCCAAAUUCUGGGAUAUUUAUUUUAAUGAUGAUGAACAAGAAUCAUUCUUGUUGUUCUUAGCCUUGUAAGGUGGAAGAGGAGGAGGAGUUAUUGUUACUUUGGGGAUUAAUUUAGCCUUUAAUCCUCCUCUUCUUCAGACAAUAUGAGAUUUUUAAGCAUAGUUGGCAAUUCUUUAGGCUGCUCAGCCUCAGGUGAACGCCUUGUUUCGGCUGCAAGAGACGGCGACCUGCAGGAAGCCAAGGCAUUGUUGGAGUACAAUCCUCGCCUCGUGAGGUACUCGACUUUUGGUGUUAGGAAUUCACCUUUGCAUUACUCUGCAGCUCAGGGUCACCAUGAGAUUGUUACUCUUCUGCUUGAGACUGGAGUCGAUAUUAAUCUAAGGAAUUAUCGUGGCCAGACUGCUUUGAUGCAAGCAUGUCAGCAUGGUCACUGGGAGGUUGUUCAGACUCUGGUUCUAUUUAAAGCCAAUAUUCACAGAGCAGAUUAUCUUAAUGGGGGUACUGCACUUCACUUGGCUGCUUUGAAUGGGCAUACGCGGUGUGUCAGGCUCCUUCUUGCAGAUUAUAUUCCUAGCAUUCUUAACACCUGGAAUUUAUUACGAAAGAAAUCAAACAACGAAUAUGAAAGUUCAGACUUUAAUGCAAGCGCCCUCCACCAAGUGAUCAACAAACCUGCGGAUGGAGGAAUUACAGCACUUCAUAUGGCUGCAUUGAAUGGCCAUUUUGAAACUGCCCAGCUGCUUUUGGAUCUUGGAGCUUCUGUUAGUGAAAUAACAGUGGAAGAUGGGACUACAAUAGAUCUUAUAGGUGCAGGAAGCACUCCUCUACAUUAUGCAGCUUGUGGCGGAAAUCCACAAUGUUGUCAAAUUCUAGUUGCGAGGGGUGCUAGUCUGUUAGCUGAAAAUGCAAAUGGAUGGACGCCAUUGAUGGUCGCUCGUUCAUGGCAUAGAGACUCAAUUCUUGAGAUUCUUUCAACACCACAAGACAUCCGAUUGCCAACUAUUCCUUCCCCUUAUUUGUCUCUUCCCUUGAUGAGCAUUAUAAAAAUUGCAAGAGACUCGGGUUGGAGGAAUGCAGAUCUAGUACCAGCAUGCCAAGAUCCCUGUGUGGUCUGCCUUGAAGGGAGGUGCACAGUAGCAUCUGAAGGUUGUAAUCAUGAAUUCUGCACACGAUGUGCAUUAUACCUAUGCACCAUGAACUGCUCCUCAAACGUUGCCAAAGGUCCGGCAGGAUCAAUCCCAUGUCCUCUCUGCCGACAUGGCAUAGUCUCUUUCGUAAAACUUCGAGGGACCCGACCCAUGCCAAAGGAGAUUGCGAGGACGAGCUUGUCACUGUCAUUUUGUGGGUGCUCAUAUGAUAGAAACGAGCGUGCCUCUCUGACUAUGCCUCUUUGCAAGCCACCUCCAGUUGCUUCCUCCUCCGUCUCCAGCCGAGUUUCCCCUUUAAGUUCCUCUUUCCGUUCUUUGAGUUGUCAAAGAUUUCCUUGUAUGAAACUUAACUCGGGUUGCUGCAUGGGGGGAUCAGAGACUAGCCCGUCUAUCAUUGCAGGAUCCGUCAACCGGAGUUUAAGGAACCAGAUAAGUAGGUGUGGAAGAGUCAGAUUACGGCGUUCAUCUUCCCAUGCUGAAGGCGGGAAAUCUUGGUUUUGCUCUCUUAAUCAAUAUGUUGCUACUAGUAGUUGAUUUCUUUUUCUUUUUGCUGAUUUCUUAUCAGCUUCAGUUUUCUUUUUAGUUUUCUUGUAUAGAAAUUGACAGAUUUUAAUCUUCCAUCAAAAACUUGAUGUAGUUUUGUAGAAUGUGUGAUCCCCAUUAACCCAAAAAAAGGGAUUAAGGAGGAAAAAGGGUGAGAAAUAGAGAGUUAUCUUAUCUGCUGUAAAUAUUGAAUUAUGUAUCAAGAUUUUGCAAUUUACAUGAAAGAAUUACACCAUUUUAUAGAACUGA